AUGGGUCACAGAUGGAGGCACUCGGGUAUCCAUAUAUUAGUUCUGUCUACAGUCCCUGAUCAGCCCAGAGAUAAAGUACAGCGCCCACCAAAGGAAGGACGAUCUAUUUCAUCAACGAAGCCCAAGGUAAUGCUGGCUCAAAGAUUCAUCACCUACCAACCAGCAGAGGUUCUUGAUUUGGUGGAUACCCUGCGGAAGAUCCGGCCAGGCAAGCUCAUCAUCAUGGCUGCUGUGCCAGAGUGGCUGAUGUUCCUUGGGGAGAGAGGAGAUUCGGCUAUCAAGGAAUUGGGUUUCAAGUACCACUCGAGGACAGCCAACGGAGAACCGUGGGUGGGCAUUGUCUCAGUUGGACACCGGGUCAUUUCUGAAUCCGUUAUUCCGACCGCCAUCGGGAAGUACCCAGCAAGUGCGGGACACUUCGUGACAAAUGUACCCAUUCGUCACACAUACGACGAAGUGUGUCGAUGGGACGCGCACGAGGAUAUGGGAGACCAGGCGGAAUUCUGCAGUCGCUAUGAAGGGUACGGGGAUCUGUGCUCUUGCGACGCGCCAUUCACAUUCCACCAGAGAUCUUUACAGGCCCCUGUGAUCAUGACGGAACGUAUUCCAGUAGCGGUGGUGACAGCUAACAAACCGAGGAGACUGUUCAGGCUCCUGAAGACCUUGUUCACGGUACCGGGCGCGAAUGAAACGGACAUCUUAGCAGUCGUCGACGGAGGUCAUCCCGAAACACUGGAACUGCUGAAGGUGCUGCGAGUGUCCUUCGUCGUCCACAGGCCAGAGGGCUUCCACAACGCCCGCACCAACGCCAACAUUCGCUUCGCCCUUCACUCGGUGUUCCUCACGUAUCCGGAGGCCGAUAAAGCCAUAGUCCUCGAGGACGACCUCUUACUUUCUCCAGACAUCCUGAGGUUCUUUCACCAGACCUCGUGGAUUCUCAACAACGACCCUUCGGUGUUCUGCAUCAACGCAUUCAACAGCAACAGCCUGCCAAACACAGCUUCAGAUACUACGAAACUCCUCAGGUCGGAGUCCUUUCCUAUGUACGGAUGGAUGGUGAGGCGCGAGUACGCCUUCCAGAUAGUGACCCACUGGAUUCCAGGAGAGGAGGGCGACUGGGACUGGUACCUGAUGGGGGCAUCUUCCCAGAGAGGGAGGGACGUGGUGUCCCCGGAAGUGUCCCGCACCCUCCACGCUGGGUCGGCUGGAGCCCACGUCGAUGGAUUCGAGCAGCACCUCUACUACAACCGCAUGAUCAGCACGUCUGACCCUCACGCUCGCUUGGCGAAUCUUGAAGGGAUCAUCUUCGACAAUUACUACCAGCAGUUGAGAAAUGAGGUAGCCCGGUCAGAAAUGUUAGUUCCAGAUCCGACGGAAGAGGGGGGUUUCCUACCACAAGAUCGUCCUGGACCCUUCGUGGUCUUCGUCAGAGCAGGCACACGCAACGAUGAAUUUUUCAGCUUCAGAAUUUUCAUGAUGAGCCUCAAAACUUAUUACUGGGACACGAGAGAGAUUUUCAGAGGCGUCAUGAGAUUCAACGUCAAAGGUCGCAUCCUCUACGUGGUGGGCUGUCCACUCUCCCAGGACUUUUGCCGUUACAACCAGAAGGGCUACAUGACAAUCAGACCCACCAGGGACCUCAUCCUGAAGGUGCAAGAAGCCAACGACCUAUUCGAAAGGAGCCAGUACGAAAUGACGACUCGUAGGAGAGUCGUCCACAGGGAUCCUGCGAAGGAAGCUUCCCUUGAAAAUGUUUUCUAAUAAGGUGCGAGAAUCCGUCAGCUGAACAGACUGACUGAGUAUUUUGAUUUUAAAAAAGUUGACACAAAUUUUAAGAAACAUUCGCUCGCCCGUGCACAUUGCAUCCU